AUGCCAAAGGUGAAAGCAAUUUCUACCCGUACUGAUGAUGCUAACAUGGUUGUUUCUUUAGUGGCGACGUCUUACCAUCCCCAAACAAAUGGACAGGUUGAAGUGUCUAACAAAGAGAUCAAGCGCAUACUAGAGAAGAUUGUGAAACCUCAUCGGAGGGAUUGUAGUACUAAACUUAGAGAUGCGCUACGGGCUUACCAGACAGCUUACAAGACACUAAUUGUCAUGAGUUUGUUCCGCCUAGUCUAUGGAAAGGCUUAUCACCUCAUCGUAGAGGUGGAACACAAGGUUUACUGGGCUGUGAAGGAAGGCAACUCAGGAUUGGGAGGAGCUGGAUUUGAAAGAAAACUUCAGCUGAAAGAAUUGGAGUGCAUUCGGCUAGAGGCUUAUGAUAACUCAAGACUCUACAAUGAAAAGAUGAAGGCGGUACAUGAUCAGAACAUCAAGAGAAGAGAGUUUAGAGAUGGGGAUUAA